UAUAGCCCACUCUUAACAGUAACCCUACAGGGAUAGCUGCAGCACUGUGCCCACCAAACGUCAGCCGUUAACUUCACCAAAAUGUCGGACUCCGGUCAACUAGUCCAGCUUCGUUUAAGUCGUUUCGAUUCUAGCCAGCCAUGGGGGUUCAAAAUGCAGGGUGGGUCGGAUCAAGGAUUGCCUCUGUACAUUGCACAGGUAUCCCCUAAAGGCAGGGCGGAGGGAGCAGGACUGAGGCCCGGGGACGCUGUGAUCAAAAUCGCCGAGACGAGUGUGAUGGGGUAUACCCACGAUGCGGCGAAAGGCGAAAUGAACAGGGCUGGCAACGAGUUUCUCAUUACAGUUCAAAGAGAUGCGGUAGACGUAAGGACAGCUUCGGCGAAGUUGCCUCCCCCUGGCAAUGUGGAGGUCAUUGAAGAAAGUACAAUCCACAUGAACGAGGAGGGAGCAGAAUUCAGGCCGGUUGAGUCCAAGACGUUCACGGUUCUGAAGGACGAGUUAGGCCAAUCUGAGGGAGACAAAGGUCCCAGACCGUCCUCGAUAUUUGACCGGAAGCGCCAGAAUCGUACCCAAUACCUAAACGCACAGGGUGUGUCCAUCCAGAGAGCUUAUGGACAGCCGCAGUGAUUGACAUGCCACCUGUUGUAUGGACGUAGCUUUACGGCAUCAAGCAGUGACUUUUCCCCAAAGCCAUAUUACAACGGGGCUGAAAACUGCACACUUGUGUUCAUUUUACAAAAGAGACACAAAAGAUGAGAAUCCUGGAUGGUGUAAAAUGAAGUUUACGGGAGACAAUCCAUGACAUUUUGAAUUGAUACGUUCAAUUGUUAAUACGUCUAAAAUAUUGGAGUUAUUUAUUUUCUUUAUCGAAGAAUCUCGUGCGACCUGAUGGUUCCAGGACGCCAUAGAUGUUUGAUAGCGCUGUCCCCUGAAGUUUGUCAAUAGCUACAAGUUGUUAAGUUUGACACUCGCAAUACCCAGCAUAAUAUCUGCAAUACAAGCCAUUGCUUCACUGUUUCGCCAUCAUGUUACUAUUAUUUUGACCUAAUUAUAGUUUUCAGUGCUUAACAAAAUUCAACAUGUCUAAUGUGAACAAUAAUAUGUGAUUUAAGUACCAGGCUGCGUGUAUGCGGUCACGAGAAGGCCUACAAUUCCUGAACUCAAGUUUAAAACCGAUAAACGUUUCAUGUCGUGUUAAAUGGACAAGUAUAUACCUAUGUGUACAUAUUAAGCUAUGUACACAUUUACGUGUACUUGUAGCUCACCGUUGGUAAUAACGUAUUUAGUAUACUUGUAGCUUCUGUAUUUUACAUAGUGGCCAGAUUCAAUUAACGACACAGCAGCGAUCUUAAUUCAACCGUCACUUCUGAUUUCAUUCUCUCAUUUGCCGGGUUAAUAACCCUGUACAAAGUUUCAAAACUGUAUUUAAUUUGGUAUUGAACAUGCACGUUUGUACUGCACUACAAGACAAAUGUGGCCUACACAGAAUGCAUGAGUAAUUGGAAGUUAUCAAAAUGCUGGUUAGCUGUUCCAACAUCUUGUCGGAUUGAGGAGGAUGUAAUUACUGAUUUUCGAAAGUUUUCAAUUCAAUUUUACAUGACUUUCUGCGUUAAAUGUCAAACUAUGUUAUGUUGUUGAAAUCCCCAAGCUGAAAAUAUAAAAUAUUGAGAGAAAACA